UUAUUUAUCUAUAUUUUUUUUUCAAUUUUUUCCAGCAUUCCAGAACUUGUAUUUAUUUGCUAUCCAGUUACCUGUAUUAAUUGCUAAACACGCGCCUUUGUUCUGUACUGAAUUUCAACAAAAAACAAGUACUUGAUAAGAUAAAUUGUUUCAACAAUUUUCGAGUAUUUGAAAAAAGAGUAAAAAAAGAUUAAUCGGUAUUUGGUGCCAUUUGAAUUUAUUCGUGUUAUUUUGCAAAAACAUAACCUAAAAUUUAUCAUCAUAUAAACAUUUUCAUCAACAAUUAAUUCAUCAUAAAUCGUCAAUUAAUUUUUAUUAAAAAAAAUCAAUAUAAAUGACACAAAUUGAAGAAGCAGCAUACAGUGGUACUUGGCGAUGGAUAAUACCAAAAUUUAGCCAAUAUGUUGCACCUGGUGAGUCAAUUGAAUCACCAACAUUUGGCUUUGAGUGUAAAGAAAAAUGGUAUUUGAUGUUUUAUCCAAAUGGCAUAAGUAAAGAAACAAAAGAUGAAUUGUGGUUAUCAUUAUGCUGCAAAUCAAAAAAUAAAUUAGUUAAACCAAGUGUUGCUUAUAAUUGUUCAAUUUUAUCAAACAGUACAGAUAAUCCAAAUCAUACUGAGAUGAAUUGUUUAUUUUUAUCAAAUGAAAACAAAUGGCCAAAGCUAACACCAAGAUCAUACAUAAUAACUCAUGCUGAUAGUUAUUUGCCAAAUGAUUGUUUAACAAUUGCUUGUCGUAUAUCAAAAUUUUCAUUUCCCAUGAAGAAUAAAUAUAAAUUUCACGUUCCAAGUAGUACUUGUCAGCUUGAAAAUUUACAAGAAAUGAUACGUUCACAUAAUUUUGGUGAAAUUGUUACAGUCAAAGUUGGCAAUCAAGAGUUUAAAGUUUACAAAGGAUUAUUGACAAGCCAGAGUCCAGUAUUUGCAGCUAUGUUUGACAAUCAAGCUAACAAAGAAAGUCAAGAAAAUUCAGUUAGAAUUGAAGACAUUGAUGCUCAAGUAUUUAAAGAAAUACUUGAAUUUAUGCUUACUGAUAGAUUUGAUUAUUCAGUAUUAUCUAAUAUUAAUUUAAAAGACAUUUUGGCUGUUGCUGACAAGUACAUGCUUCAAAGACUCAAAGCAUUAUGUGAAGAAGCACUCUACGAGGCAUUAACUGUUGAAAAUUCAGUUGAACAUUUGCUACUUGCUGAUUUACAUCAUGGAAAUCAAUUGAAAAAUGCAACAAUGGAUUUUAUUAUACUCAAUAUGUCUGAUGUUAUUAAAACUGAUUCUUACAUGUCAAUGAAGCUAACACUUCCACAGUUAAUUUGUGAAAUAUUUGAACGUCUUGCUGCGCAAAAAGAUAAACAAAUGCAAAUUCGUAAACAAAUUGCAACUUCUCCGAUGCAGCUGACUGCUGCUCAAAAACAAACAUUAUCACCAACCCAUCUUAAAAGAUCACGUGUAGACACUGAUUAAUAUUAUACUCAAAAAAAAAUUAAAAAAAAAAAAGAGACACAUGACAAUUUUCUGUUUUCAUA